CAUUUAGAUAAUUUUUAAAGCCCUCACUGCAAGGGGAGGGGGUCCUCCCAUCCCACCCCCAUGGUUCAGGGAUGAGGAAAUGUGUCCGCUUGCGGAGACAGCUCGGGGGUGGGGUGAGGGGGACGAAGAGAUGGAAAGCAGGGCAAAAGUGAGGCGCAGCGACCCCCGCGCCGGCUGCCUCGGGGUCUUCCAGCCCGUUAUGGGGCGGGGGAUGCCAGGCUGCGGUCCGUCCGCACCGCGCACCCAAGCCAAUCCGAAGUGGGAGGAGAGGGCAGCCCAGGGGCCUCUCUGGCCAGCCCCGGGGUGGGAUUGUAGGGUGAGAGAUCCGCAUUGCAGGUGCACCAGGAGCGCCCGAGGGCCUGGCCCUGCUUUGUCUGGGAUGCUGUAGGGAGGAGGCCGUCUGAAUCCACAUCGCCUUUUUAAAUGCGUUUUACCACCCCGAGGAUGUUAGAGACCCUCCCAGAUAAGUUGCAUUGUCUUCUGUCCUGAUAACCUUUUACGGCAUCUGGAUGUCAGCAUGGCAGCCACAAACCUGGAGAACCAGCUGCAGAGCGCGCAGAAGAACCUCCUGUUCCUCCAGCGGGAGCACGCCAGCACACUCAAGGGGCUGCACGCCGAGAUCCGGCGCCUGCAGCAGCACUGCACAGAUUUAACAUAUGAGCUGACUGUCAAAAGUUCGGAUCAGACAGGAGACAGCGCCUCGAGAAGCGGUGAGCUAAAGAAACGGUGCGAAGACCUGGAGGCCCAGCUGAAAGUGAAGGAGGCCGAGAACAACGAGCUGCUGAGGGAGCUGGAGCAGAAGAACGCGCUGAUCGCCGUGCUGGAGAACACCAUCAAGGAGCGCGAGAAGAAGUACCUGGAGGAGCUGAAGGUCAAGAGCCACAAGCUGGGCAUGCUGUCCAGCGAGCUGGAGCAGCGCGCCAGCACCAUCGCCUACCUGACCUCCCAGCUGCACGCCACCAAGAGGAAGCUCCUGAGCUCCAGCGGGACCUCGGACGGCAGCGCGGCCGGCAGCCCCGCGCUGGCCAGCUACAAGCCGGCCCCGCCCAAGGACAAGCUGCCGGAGACGCCGCGCCGCCGCAUGAAGAAGAGCCUCUCGGCCCCGCUGCACCCGGAGUUCGAGGAGGUCUACAGAUUCGGGGCCGAGAGCCGGAAACUCCUCUUGCGGGAACCGGUGGACGCCAUGCCCGACCCCACCCCGUUCCUGCUGGCCAGGGAGUCGGCCGAGGUCCACCUCAUCAAGGAGCGGCCCCUGGUCAUCCCCCCCAUCGCCUCGGACCGCAGCGCUGGCGAGCAGCCCAGCCCCGCCCGCGAGAAGCCGCACAAGGCGCACGUGGGGGUGGCGCACCGCAUCCACCACGCGGCCCCGCCGCAGGCCCAGCCCGAGGUGGAGACGCUGGCGGUGGACCAGGUGAACGGAGGCAAGGUGGUGAGGAAGCACUCAGGGACGGACAGAACUGUGUGACGGCCCCGCCACCCUUCACCCGCUGUCGAGGCACUGUGAUCACUACUAGGAAAAACUCAUCCACCCCUUUUCUUUUUCUUUUUUGUUUUAAUCCCCAUGCAUGCCAAAUUUUUUUUUCAGACCUGUCAACAGAUUAUUCUCCUCCUGCUCCUCUUGCCCCCUUACUGACACCAAAGUAGCACCGUGUCCCGCCGCAGAACCCGUAUUUACUCAUCGCUGUGGCCAAACACCUGUGGGCCGCCUGGCUUGCUUGCAGCCCCUCGCCGUGUAAUCUCAGUGCGCGCGCCCGCCCGCGGAUGAAGCACAGGCCCAGGCUGCGUUACUGCUCGACGUUAACGAAAUCAGAUAGUCACACGCCUAAUUAUAAAGUCAGAGCAACACAUAUCGACCUUGACCUCAUGCCUCCGGUUUCCAGGGCGGCCGGUCCGGAGCAGCCCUGCGCCCUCCUGGAGACCCCGUAACCACCUGACACACCCUUCCCGGGGCGGCACCGGUAACCGAGCAGCUGUAUGUUGUAUCACAGGAACUAAAUAAGAUGACGUUACUCCUCAUAUCACCACGACCUGAAUGUGUGUUCAUAUUUUUUGUUAGUUUUAUCCAAAAUGUUCAAGAUCCCAACAAACUUUAUUUUCUAAACCUG